AUGGCCGGCGGCGUCAAGCGGCCAGUUAACAUCUUCAAGCUCAGAAACCUCGGCGAGCCGAAGGAAGUCUUCAACUGGAGGCUUUGGUUUGCCGUGCUCUCCUUCUCACUCCUGGGCGCCGCUCGUGGUGUCGAUGAAGGUCUCAUCAGCGGCGCCUUCAACAGCAAGCACUUCCAACAGAGCAUCCACUUCAGCUCAUACGCCGAACUUGAGCAGGCAAACAUCAAGGCAAAUGUCUCGGCCAUGGUUCAAAUCGGCUCCGUUGGGGGUGCUCUCAUCGCCUUUUUCGUCUGCGACAGAGUCGGCCGGAUCCGGGCCACGCGCCAGCUCUGCGUCCUGUGGAUUGUCGGAAUCGCCGUCUUCAUGUCGUCCAACGGCAACCUUGCGGCUAUCUACGCAGGACGGUUCAUCGCUGGGCUCGGCGUCGGCCAGACCCCCGUGGUUGGACCCGUCUACAUCGCCGAGAUCUCCCCUGCCUGUAUCCGCGGCCUUUGUACUUGUCUAUUCACUGGCUUCGUCUACCUCGGCAUCGUACUCGCCUACUUCACCAAUUACGGCUGCCAAGUCAACUUGGGAGACACCGCCGCAGCCCGGUGGCUUGUCCCAACCAGUCUCCAUAUCAUGUUUGCCAGCCUCAUCUUCGUCCUCUCGUUUUUCCAGUCCGAGUCCCCACGAUACCUCAUCAUGAAGGGACAGCAUGACAAAGCGGUACAAACCAUGUCCCGACUACGGAAACUGCCGCCGCAUCACGAGUACGUCGUGUCCGAGAUCAGCGCCAUCACAGCCGCCUACCACGAGGAAACCGAAGCAACAAAAACCCUCGGCUGGCUGGGCACUCUCAAAGAGGCCUUCGCAAACCCAGGCAACCUCUACCGCGUCUCCCUGACCAUAUCAGCGCAGAUGCUCUCCCAAUGGUCCGGCGCAGGCUCCAUCACCCUCUACGCCCCCGACCUCUUCCACCUCGUAGGCAUCUCCGAUACCAACACAAGCCUCCUCGUGACAGCCGUCUUCGGCAUUGUAAAGCUACUCGCCGCCGUCAUCUGCGCCCUCUUCCUUGUUGACGUCAUCGGCCGCAAACGCGCCCUCCUCCUGGGCAUUGCCUGCCAGGCCGUGGCCAUGGUCUACGUCGCCGGGUUCCUGACGGCCGUGCCCCAGCGGGCGGGGCAACAUCAACACAACAAAACAACUGACGCGGCAGGACAAGCCCUAAAGGACUCACGCCUAGCAGCAGCGUCCAAGGCUGCUGUGGCCAUGAUCUACCUCUCGGGCGUCGGCUGGGCUCUGGGGUGGAACAGCUUCCAGUACCUCGUCGUGGCCGAGCUGUUUCCCCUGCGGAUCCGGGCGUUUGCCGCGUCCCUGGCCAUGACGUUCCACUUUGCGAAUCAAUAUGGGAAUGCGAGAGCCGUGCCGAAUAUGCUGCUGCCUGUUCAUGUUGCCGGCGGCGUGGGCGGCGGUCUCUCGCCCCAGGGAACCUUUUGGUUCUUUGCUGCCGUGACGGUGUUGGGUGGGGUGUGGGUGUGGUUUGCGGUGCCGGAGACGGCGGGGAGGGGGUUGGAGAGUAUGGAUCGAUUGUUUACGCUGCCGUGGUACAUGAUUGGGAGGUAUGGGAACAGAGAGGCUGAUGGGGAGGAUGGGGUGGAGAGAGGGCGGGUUGGCGAACGGGAAAGUAAAUGA